UUAGGCAAGAAGAGCUUUGAAGGCACUGAGGGGGCUGGUAAAGCUGCAGGCUCUGGUGAGAGGCAACAUUGUGCGGAAGCAAGCGGCAGAGACGCUUCGGUGCAUGCACGCGCUGGUUCGGGUGCAGGCCCGUGCUCGGGCUUGCCGUGCCCUGCGCUCCGAGCGGAGCCGCCCCGAUAAACCCUCUCGCUCCAACCCAGGCCCGCCGACGCCUGAGAAAUACGAACAAGGCGAGCGAACAAACGGGUCGAGAUCCGACCGGUCCGGCUCUUUCAAGAGGAAUUCUUCGAACAGAUCGCACUCUUCCGGGAGCAAUUGGCUGGACCGGUGGAUGGACGAGAAGUACGGCAAUAGCCGAGCAGAGAUCAAUCCGAGGGCAAUCGGAAUCGGCGGCGCUGCGGCGGACGACGAAAGGACGGCCAAGAUCCUAGAAGUAGACCCCGGAAAGCCGCAAUUCAAUUCGAAGCGAAGGGCCGGCGCCGGCGCCGGCUCCCGCCUCCACUCGUCGAGCUCGGCCCACACUUCGGAGCAAAACAGCCGCAGCCUCGCGACGGUGCCCGACUCCCCUUCGAAGGACUCGACGACCGCCCAAUUGUCCACGCCGAGCCCGUCCUCGGUCGACAUGAGGCAUUCCCUGACCCCUCUAGAGUACCCUCUCGAGGCUGCGGAGUUCGGCGACAGCCCGCACUUCUACUCGGCCAGUUCCCGGCCCGGUAGCUCGAGGAGGGGUGCAUUCACUCCGUCGAAGAGCGAGUGCUCUCGGAGCCUGUUCGGGGGCUAUUCGGACUACCCCAACUACAUGGCAAACACAGAAUCCUCGAAGGCGAAGGCGCGGUCGCAGAGCGCGCCGAAACAGCGGCCCGAGUUCGAGAAAUCGGGCUCCGGCAAGAAGCUCUCGCCGAUCGGACCCGCGCAGCACCAGAAGUCGGCGUCGCUGCACGCCAAAUUCGCGAACAAGGCGUACCCGGGCUCCGGCCGGCUGGACCGGCUGGGAAUGCCCAUCAAAUACUGAUGAAAACCAAAGCUUGAAUCUGAAUCACUGCAGCUCAAAUGAUCUAUACACUUGUUUCUCUCUUCCUUUGGUUGUUUUCUUUUUCUUUUUUUUUUUUGCAUGCAAGUCCCUAACAAAAUUAUGUUUUCUACUUUUGUAGUCGCUACAAAUGUGUGUUAUCUCGUGCGUUGAAGUUAAAACUUCUUAUGUAAUGAAAAUGUCAGUUUCUGCUUCACUUUUCUA